CUGCCACAUGCGCGUUUUGCUUGGCUGCCAUCCUUAGCAGCAACCUUGAAGAGAUAACUUUUGAUCAUCACCAUCUUUUCUGUGCUCUCUAUCUGGCCUCGUUGUUCAGCUCGAGCCACUACGCCAAUCCGCCUGCCUGCCGACCCGCCGCCGUCUUGUCGACAUCAGCUCCGUCUUGAUUCGUCUGCGCAACGGUGUCUUCUACAUCAACAGCGAAAAGAUGCAGGCUCUCCGUCACAUACGGCCCGCUGCUUUGCGCCAGCUGUCUAAGCGCGCAUACAGCUCCUCCUCGUCCUCUCCCUACUCGCAGACUAUCGAGAACCUGCGCAUCAACGGCGAGACAAAGGUGCUCUUCCAAGGCUUUACCGGAAAGCAGGGAACUUUCCAUGCCGAACAAGCUAUCGCCUACGGUACCAAGGUCGUGGGAGGCACAAACCCUAAGAAAGCCGGCCAAGAACACCUCGGCCUACCAGUCUUUGGAAAUGUGAGCGAGGCUGUAAAGGAAACGGGCGCCACUGCUACUGCCAUCUUCGUACCGCCACCGCUAGCCGCCGCCGGUAUCGAGGAGGCCAUUACUGCCGAGAUCCCCUUGGUUGUCUGUAUUACCGAAGGCAUUCCUCAACAUGACAUGGUUCGCAUCACCGACAUGCUAAAGACUCAGUCUAAGACCCGUCUCGUCGGUCCUAACUGCCCCGGUAUUAUCGCUCCUGGCCAGUGCAAGAUCGGUAUCAUGCCCGGUUUCAUCCACAAGCGCGGCCGCAUCGGUAUCGUCUCCCGUUCCGGUACCCUCACCUACGAGGCCGUCAACCAGACCACACAAGCUGGUCUCGGUCAGUCGCUUGUCGUUGGUAUUGGUGGUGACCCCUUCAGCGGAACCAACUUCAUCGACUGCCUUAAUGUCUUCCUCAAGGAUGAGGAGACCGACGGUAUCAUCAUGAUCGGUGAGAUUGGUGGUGCCGCAGAGGAGGAUGCUGCCGAUUUCCUGCGUGACAACAACACGGUCAACGGCGGCAAGCCCGUCGUCAGCUUCAUCGCCGGUAUCAGCGCGCCUCCAGGACGUCGUAUGGGUCACGCCGGUGCCAUUGUGUCCGGCGGAAAGGGCGGUGCCGAUUCCAAGAUCAAGGCCCUGGAGGCUGCCGGUGUCAUCGUCGAGCGCUCACCCGCUGGUCUGGGACGUGCUAUGCGUGAGGCCUUUGUCAAGCGGGACUUGUUGUAGAUUCAGCCCUGGAUGGCGAAGGGUGUAAUGACGGGGGUGUAUAAAUACCUAUAGAUAGAGGGUUUCUCUGGCAUCUGGUGGGAUUUUCAUUAUUUAAUCUGUCAAAUACAGCAUGCAUCCAUGAUGAUCAUAUCCCCUUUUUAGAGUGUCAAGGGUCGAGAAAUUCGCUACGCUCCUAAAGCAACAAGUUGUUCAUCCCCUACAGUGGUGCGUUGGCGGUGCGAAUAGAAAAGGACGAGGAUGAAAUCACAUAGCAUUGGCCAUCCUUUGAGCAGAGGGGUUGGUUAUUAAGUCGUAGAGAGGGAAGGGGUAUGUAUGGCCAGCAUUAAGCCAAUUCAACUCGCUACCCAAAAGGUGUCUAGCAUUACAACGCUGUAUUGUUCCUAAACAUAUCAAGAAGCUAUUGCACUAUACAGAUGAUACUCAUAGGAUCAACUCAUAACUUAUCUCCUAGGUCUCACUCAUAUCAUGUCCCUUGGGCAUUUUACACCACGUAUGCCAUAUCUAUAACCCAGCACCGGUAUUCUAGUUAGAUUUAGACAC